UAGUUUUUACCUCAGUUUUUACUGUUUAUUGUCAACAGCUGCUUAAGAAAUUAAGAGUUCUUAAAGUUAAUGUACUUCACUAGCUCCUGUUUAAUAAAAAUAGAUUUUCAUUAGUAUUUAUAAACUUCUUUAUGUUCCUUGGUAAUGUAAAAAAUAACUUAUAUACCUCUGGCAUAAACGUCACUAAAACCUAAAUAAUCUUAGAUAUUGUGAAGUUCACAUUAAAAAUGUCGAUACCUCCGUUGGUGUGCAGCACUCCUCCUCCGCCAGACCAGUGUGAAGACGAUAAACACAUGGAUGAAUUUGAUUUACAGUAUAGAUUGUCACCAGAGGAUGAAGAAGAAAAUGAUGAAUAUAAUUAUGGAAAUUUUCAUAAUUUCCAUGAUCCUAUGUCUAAUAAUGAAGACUUGGUACCACAAAAUGAAACCUGUAAAGUAAAGACUGAUCAUACCAUUAUUGGAGUAAUUAAACAUUCUCAACACAGCCCAAGUAAUCAACAUUCCAUAGAUAAAGCAACCAUUGAUGAUGUGGCUAUUGAAGACUUAAACUUAAAGGUAGAACAAGAAAGUGAUCUUGUUGAUCAGGUAGAAAGUAAUAAUAGUAAUGUAGAGGAAGAUUCAGAUGCAUAUGGAAUAACAUAUUUUACACCACAUAUAGAAUCCCCUGAUAAAAGUACUUUAUGUAUAAACACUAAUGUAGUAACAGAAGAGAAUAAUGAUGAAAAUGAAGUAGAAAGUGUGAUACCAGAAUUGAAUGAUUUUUCUCUAUUUUCUCAACAAGGGGAAGAACUAUCAAGCAAAUUAUUAGAAGAGUCUGAGGGUGAAAUUGUAAAAAAUGAAGUUCUUAUAGAAAAUAUAACAUCUCAAUGUGAAGAAUCUAAACAGGAUUUGAAAUCAUGUGAUGAUUUUGAUGACUUUGAAGAUUUUAAAUUCACUACAAACAGCAAUUAUAACAUUAUAGAAAGUGCUGGUAAUCCUUGGGAAAGUAAGGAUCCUAAGGAUUUUAACUUUGGGGAUUUCAAAGCCAAUUUUGAUGUUAAUGAAACUAUACUUGAAGAAUUACAUAAUGAGAAACUAAAUGAUGAAAUUAACAUUAGUCAAGGUGACCUCGAUAAUAGUGAAGAUGAAGAUUUUGGCGAUUUUGAUGAUUUUAAGUCUUCAGUAAAUAAAGAAAUAGUAGAAGAACAUACUUCUCAACAUGUCACUGUUUUAAACUUUCAAAAUAAUGACAAUGAGGGCCAGGUUAUAGAAAGUAUAAAAAAUAUUUUAUUUAAUAUCUUUCCUGACGAUUUACCAGAUUCUAAAACAGCAUUCGAUGGAAAUCUUGAGUCAUCAUUGGGUGAAACAUGGCAUCAUUUGAAAGAAAUUGAUGUAAGACAGCCUUACAUUGUAUAUUGGAAUAAUUCUCUCAGUCAAAAAACUCUUUUAAAGGCCCUAUGCAUUGAUUCACGAAAUAUUUUGUUUGCUCCAAAGUGGAAUUCCUCAAUGCCAAAAUACGCAACAAAUUUAAGUGGAGCACCUCUUAAACCCCAAAAACCUCCUACAACACCACAGCAACCUGACCUCAAUGCUGAAAAAAGUAAAGAAAACAUCACAUGGACAGAUCCUUUUACUUCAACUGGACAAGGAUACACUUAUGCUGAAGCUCUACUCCUAGAUUUAGAACACCUCAUGACCACUUUAGAUCAAAUGGCUCACAAACAGUCUACUCUAAAAAUAUCAGAGUUACUUUCAACUGCUAACAGUUCAGACAGAGAAAAAUCCCUAAAAGAGUCUCGGCCGGCAGAUCUGAAUGUCUUUGGAAACUCCAUAACAGUAUCAAAAUUAGACAAGAUUCAUUCAAGUACACUGAGUGUGCAACCUCUUAGACAUAUCAAUUUGCCUGAUACUCAUAUAUUUACACCUACUGACUCAGAAACUCCGAGAUCAAAAACAAUUCAUUACGACAUUACACCACCUGUAUUAUUACCACAAGAGAACCACAGCAUUAACCCAGAGGAAUCUACCCAAAAUAAUAAUGAUGAUUAUUGGGAAUUUCAAGAUUUUAAAGGAACAGCCGAUAGUGGCCAAACUGUUGACAUAAAAACAGAACACAAAGAAACUAUUAAUGCAAAUGCAGGAAUGAUUCUCCAAAGUCAAUUAUUGCAACCAGUUAAAGUUGAACCAACCAUGCCCAAAUUAAACUGGCCCGACCCCGGCGAGGUAAAGGAGACGUUUGAUGAUUUUUCUGAUUUUAUAUCUAGUACUGCUUGGAAUAAUGAUAAUUCAAGUACUACGGAGGCCGCAUCUCACCAACCGAGUGCUAGCCUAAUUAGAACAGUACCUUGUGAUAAUGUAGAGGAUGAAUUUGAAACUUUCCAAUCGGCUCCUACACCUGCAUCCAAUCAGAUAUGUGCAGAAACCUUGUCACCAGAAAUUAGUAAAAUUAGCAAUGAGGUAACACAAGAACGACUUCCAUCGGACACAUCAAACAUUAGGCCAAACGAAGUAUUGACACCUAUCACUGUGCAGAAUCAUAAUAUUUCUGUAAACAUAACCUCAAAAUAUAGUCCAGUGAAUACGUCAAUUUUAAAACCUGUAAACGCCGGCCCUAGUCUGAUUCGCCCCCAAAAAGCAGGACAAAUUUUACAACCGCUUUCCCUCGAAAGUUAUUCACAGAUAAAUUGGCCCAAACCUGGUAUAGAUUUACAAAAUCUUUCAAGUUUCAAUCCACUCGAAAGCCUCGAAGCUUUCAAAAGUGACUCCGGCUCGAGCGGAGCCAGCAAAGGCGCAUCGCCGGUGCACAAAGUGAGUUCCGUCGCCGUGAACGAAACGCUCGAUGACGAUAUUUGGGGUGACUUCGUUUCGAGUAAACCCAAACACGUGGCCCCAAAGAAAUCGCAGUUACUCGCAGACGACGACGAAUGGACAGACUUUGUGUCGAGUCCGAGCAUAUCACAGAACAGCCUUAAAACCAUAAGCUUUAAUGUCGCUACCAAUUCGACUUUGCACAAAAUGUCGAAUCAAAGCGUUUCUAAAAAUAAUCAAUUAGCCAAUAGCCUAGACAUUCCGGUUCUCAAUUACAUAACGCCGAAGUCGAACAGCCGCGGCGCGUGUGUUGAUAAACAUUUCCAAAACUUAUAACGACUUUGUAUCGUAUUUGUAUAUGUCAACGAAUGAGUUCUUUGACAAUUGACAUAACCAAACUUUACGUGAAUAUAAUGUGGUAAAGGUAUUCAAUUGUUUUAUAGUUUUAGUUUCAAAUAGAAGCUCGUUGUUCAGAUAUAGCGUUUUGUGUGUUCUUUGAACUAUGAGACUUAUACUUUUGAUCUCUUGUUGAGUAUUUCGAUUAUUUUGAAGUUAGCAUGUAAUUGAAGAUCGGCGAUAUGUACUUAAUACUACUUAUUCAUUCACGACAAUACUUGUAAAUAUAUUCCAAAUUCUUAAAUGGUUCUGUAAAAGUUGGUAAAAUGUAUUUAUGUUUUAGAUUUUUCUAGGUAUCUUAUAAAAUAUUUUAAAUAUUUUUCAAUGAGACAGUAUCAAACUCAAGUAGUUACUUAGUUGUGUAUUUAUUUUAAAAGUUGUAUUAUAAAAUGAAUAUGUUGAAUUUUGAAAAGCAAUAUUUGUAAAUUGGUACAUAAUGUAAAUAUUGAAAAUGUGUAUAUAGCUAUAAAACAUAGAAUAAAAAAGUAUUUUCUAGAGAUUUAAUGUAUUGUCCUGUCCUGUUAUUUGAAUUUUCAUAAAUUAUGAUAUAGUUAUAUCAACUGCAAGGAACAAUAUUUAUGAAUGUCAUUAUAUACAUUAUAGAUAAUCAUAAAGUGCAUUUUUUAAAGGAUUGAAAAUAGUUAUCUAAAUUUGUUACCAAUUUUUUUUUUUAAUAUUAUUUUAGCAGUAUUCCUAUUCAUGCAUAC